UAUAUAUUUAUUAUAUUUAUUAUAUUAUAUUAGCUUAAACCUCUUUCUUUUCUUAUAGCAACUGCAGCGCCCCCAACUACAACUCAAACAGCAACCAAGGAAGGAUCAGGAUCUGGCACCGCUAUUGGAAUUGCUAUAGGAGCUGUCAUUGCCGUUUUAGUUCUGGCUGGUUUAAUUUUUGCAGCUGUGAAAUACUGUUUCCGGGGGAAAGCUAACCCUCAUCCUGCCUCUACUGAUGAUUAUCGUGUAGUUUCAAAGAAAGAUGUGGCUUUGGAAGAAAAAUCAAAAGACUGAUCUGAGUCCAUUGAACUUCUGCAAUAAAACUUCAGUAACCUUUCAACACUUUCGCUUGAGAACUAAAAAUAGGAACUCACUGAAGAUCUAUCUGAGUUCAAAGUUCAUAGUUUUAUAGUUCGACCAUUCGAUGAGGCAGUUAAUAUAUGAAACAAUCAACAUACGAUCUACAAGACUACAUACACUGCUUCUACAUUCUAAUAGUUUGCACUGAAAUCCUUUCAGAAUAUCUCUUAGUGUGUCUGAUUCUUAUCACUCAGAUACAUUUGAGGGACCUAUCAUGUUUCUACUUCAGGGAUAAUGCAUUAUGCUAUUAUGAAGAUAUGACUAUAUUAGAAUGGAAGAGUCAACAAGUUCUGUAUGCUUCUUUUUAACAGCCUGGCUCUUAAAUCAGGCUUCUAAGUUCAUGUGACAGCCAAAGAAAAGUUAAGCUUGCUUUCUCGGUUUUAAAUUUAUGCUGGCAUAGUAAGCUUUGCCUAAUAUAAAUUGUGUCCUGUUUUCUAUUUUAACAUCACUGUGAUAAGAAGGUAUAUUUAGACUGAAUGGAACCAAUCCUGAAAUGUUCAGCCUAGGUGUUUAGGGGGGGGGGAAUGACAAAAUAUGUGUUGUGAUGUUCUAUGUGAUAUUGCAACAUACAUUGUGUCAUUUUGGCAUCAGUCUGGCUAGCAUGGAUACUUACAGUAUUCAAGAAAGUAUUUUGCCUUUGCAAAAGUUGUAUUUGUAAAUUUUAUUGCAUUCCUUAUAUGAAUAAAUUAAAUGCAAUGUUUGUAUAUAAAGAAAUGUCUGGCAAUGAUAAUAUUAAAGAUUGAAUUGCACUGAACACUUAUCACAGUUCUAUAUAGUUAUUUGGGGAGUUGAUGGUAUGGUAAUUCUUAAUGCUGACUACUAGAAACUAUUUACCAGUUAUACAUUCAUGCAUAGUAGAAUAAAAAUAAAGCUUUGUGAGUAGAAUUGAGGUCUUACUUCAACAAAAUAGGUUUUUACUGAUAAGUGCCCUUGAUUUGAAUAUAAAUGUAUUAGAAUUGCAUAUUUUGAAUGGUAGGAGAAAAUUAUUUUUUAUUUUGAUGCUUGUAUUUCAAUAGACAAAAAGUUCUAAAGAUUGCAUUUCUUCAAAUGGGCUGGGUUUUUUUGAGAUCAUGCAAAACAAGUUUCCCCAAGAGAUUUUAUGGUGGUUAUUAAAUGUAGAAUUUACCAAAAAGUCCUUUCUCUUCAUCUAAUCUAAUUGGGAAAUGCAGUUUGAUGUCUGUUAUUAACAAUUCUUACUGACAAUAAAUUACUAUAUGUGCUUUGUAUUCCAACCUUCAGAUGUUAAUUUCUCCUUAAGCUAGCUGAUAAAAUUCAUUAGUUUCUAAAAUACUAUCUUAACUUUUCCUAGCCAAACACAGCAAAAACAACUUUGAUAAUCCAGCGUUUUAUUUCCCCUCAGACUAAAUGGAUACAGAACUAUUGGUGUGACAUGUUGUAUUUAUGGGGUGCUCAGAACUGGUGCUUCCGAAAUGGAUUUCACUGGUAAAUCUGCAGGAUGUGCAAGAUGAGAUUUUCCCACUUACAAAGAAACAGCAAGUUCUAUUGUCAAAAUCUGCUUCCUCGGGGGCUUUUGGUAAAAAAGCCCCUGUUUUAUUUGCUUACUACUAUUGCUGCUUCCUCUUUUGUAUUUAUAUACAUAAGGGCAUGAGUUCUCAGCUUCAUAGUCAUCACUGAAAAGAGCAAUGAUUUCUGCCUGCACACUCAGCCUUCUGUUUGCUGCUACCUUCCUGGCUGCUCCUUUAGUGAACCAAGAUAGGUGUGGCUACCCACCUAGGUUAGCUUCUGCUGAAUUAAUGGAUGCAUAUAAAGAAAAAGAUUUCUUUCCUGUUGGAUCAAUAGUGAAAUACAAAUGUCGACCAGGUUACAUGAAAAACCCAGGGAUGUAUUCUAGUAGGUGUAAGGAAAACCAACAGUGGUCAAAAGUUCUGGAGCUCUGUAAACGAAGAACAUGUGGAUAUCCAGGAGAACCAGUGGGUGGCAGAUUGCUUGUAACAGGCGAUUUUGACUUAGGAUCCACUGCAAAUUACCAGUGUGACGAAGGGCAUAGGCUGAUUGGCAAGUCUACAAGAAAGUGUAAAGUAGUGAACAAUAAAAUGGAAUGGAGUGAUGAAGUUCCCGUGUGUGAGAUUAUUCCAUGUUUGCCACCACCAAAAAUUCCCCAUGGCAAGCACACUGGAGAGUAUUUGGAUAAUUUCUACUAUGCAACACUUGUAAUCUAUAGCUGUGACAAAGGCUACCCUCUUAUUGGAAAUUCUUCUAUUAUCUGUAUAUCUAAGGAUGGAGUAAACGGAGAAUGGAGUGGACGUGCGUCUUGUGGAGUGACAGAGUGUCCAUCUCCUCAGAUUAAGAAUGGAAGGAUUGUGUCUGGAGUUUCCAGCACCUACAAAUAUAACAAGAAAGUUAGCUUUGAAUGCAUUGGGGGAUAUGAGAUGGUUGGUUCCAGAGAGAUUCAUUGCCAAGUGGAUGGUACAUGGGAUCCCCCCAAACCUGUCUGUGAACAGAUGGUUCAAUGCCCACCACCCCCAGACAUUCAAAAUGGGAUGCACAACAACCAGAAAACAGGAAUAUUUCCUAGUGGAAUAUUUGUGAAAUACACAUGCAAUCCUGGCUAUGCUCUGAUUGGAGAGGAAACUCUUAAUUGCACAAAUGCUGGCAAAUGGUCGUCUCCUGCCCCUAACUGUGAAGCCAGGCACUUGUCUAGUCACUAUCGCAUCAGCCCUUCCAAUGUUCCUGGGCUCUCCUUCUCUUGCCCAUCUAUUCCUGACAUGGAGUCUCCUGCAUCCUAUCCAUACUGCUCUGUGUCCUUUUUCAAAAUCUCCAGAGCUGGCUCUUGUUGUCUGAGCCGACAUCCAGGGGAGCCUGUCCUGGCCAGGUAUAGGUUGAUUGGCAAGUCUUCCAGAAGCUGUGCAUUGUUUGGUAAAACAGUAGCAUGGACAGAUGACCUUCCUUACUGCCAGAUGACACAGUGUCCAUAUCCUCAGAUUAAGAAUGGAAGGAUUGCUGCUGGAAUUUCCAGAACUUACAAAUAUAACCAGAAGGUUAGCUUUGAGUGCACUGUGGGCUACAAGAUGGUUGGUUCCAGAGAGAUCUAUUGCCAAGGGGAUGGUACAUGGGAUCCCCCUAUACCUGUCUGUGAACAAGGCUGUGUGAAUCCAGACAUUCAGAAUGGAAGAAUUAUUAGGCCCAAAGCAAAUGAUCAAUCUGUAUCAACAAUUACAUUUGAAUGUGACUCUGGCUACACCAUGAAAGGCAAUCAUACAAUUCGGUGUCAACAUGGCAACACAUGGGAUUCGCCAGCACCUGUCUGUGUCAGGGUAGUGCAAUGCCAGCAACCCCCAAAGAUUCAAAAUGGGAUUCACAACAACCAGGAAACAUUAUUUCCCAUUGGAAUGCUUGUGAAAUACACAUGUAAUCCUGGCUACGCUCUGAUUGGGGAGGCAACUAUUCAGUGUAUGGAUAGUGGCACAUGGUCUUCUCUUGCCCCUAACUGUGAAGAGAUUGAAUGCAAGUCACCUCCAGAUAUCCAGAAUGGGGUUCAUAGCAACCAGGAAGUAAUGGUAUUCAAAAGAGGAAUGUGUGUGAAAUAUACAUGCAACUUUGGCUAUACUCUAAUUGGAGAUGCUACUAUUCAUUGCACAGACUCUGGCACGUGGACCUUUCCUGCCCCUCAUUGCAAAAAAUCACAGUGUCCCUUCCCUCCAAGCAUAGCCAAUGGAAAACAUGAUAGUUUAGCUUUGAAAAUGUUUACUUCUGAAAUGUCUGUAACCUAUUAUUGUGAUCCGGGAUAUUUGCUUAUUGGAAAGGCAUCUAUUACCUGUGGACCUUCUGGAAACUGGAGCCUUCCUGUGCCAUCCUGUGAAGUUAUGCAUUGUCCCGUACCCCCAAAAAUCAUCCAUGGGAAGCAUGUUGGUGAAGACUUCACAUAUGGGAAAUCAGUAUUCUAUAUUUGUGAUGCUGGCUAUUCCCACAUUGGAAACUACAGUGUUAUGUGUAUUCGGAACAGCUCAAACUCUGUAAAAUGGAGUGAAGCCCCCAGAUGCCAAGGUUGCCUUGCACCACCAAAUGUCACCCAUAGCAAACGAGACAAGACUACUUUGGAAGAUUUCCCCUAUGGCACCUCUGUGACUUAUCAUUGUGAUCCAGGUUUUUUUCUUAUUGGAGCACCAACCAUUUACUGCCAGACUUCUGGAACAUGGAAUCAACCUGUCCCUCAGUGUAAAAGAAAAGAAUAUACGGAGGCUACUAAACUCCCAAGUGACUCUCAGAUGACCAAGGAUCGGAACAAUCAAAUAGAAAAAAAACCUGAAUCAUUCAUAAAAGACACAAUACAUUCAAAAAUCAACAAAACAAGUACCAAGGACUUAGCAACUACCUUCACCCCAGGCCUUGGAGGACAGCCAGAUAUUCAAAGACUUCCGGAACAAUUCAAUGGUGGGAACCAAACAGACCAAUUGAAUGGUGGGAACCAAACAGAUGCUUUUCCAGAGUUUAGAAAUUGCAGUGGAGAAGUAGAUGGCUGCCCGCUCCCACCACUUUCUGUUAGCACCAGAGCAGAAAAAAAAGUGUGAUUCAGAUUAGUGCUAAUGUGAUUCUGGAGUCUGGAAAUGGCUAUGUCAGGCAUGAUUCUUCUCCUAUUCAAGCGCAGCAGAUAGGACGGGAUGCCCCUGUGCCAGCAUGUACACAGAGUAAGCAAAGUAAGUUGGAAAUUAGGCUCUAAAGAUUUGACAAUUUAUAUUGUUUGGAGAUCCUCUCAAAAAUAUUUUCAAGAGCUAGUAAAUUUAAUUGUCCCUUUUGCUGAUAGUUUGUAACUCUUGUUUUGCUUCUUUCUUUAGGCUCCUACAAUUUUGCUACCAUAGGUUUUGGUAAGUAAUUUCUAGACGCUCCCAUUGAAUGCAGAAAGGCAUUGUGGACCUUGCAUUCCAUAAACAGUGGAUAAGAUAGGCCAGUGGCUACUAGUCAAAUGUCUUUCCUGUUCUUUAGUUGUCUUUGUCGGAUGAGCAUAUAUAAUAAAGAACAAUCAUGAUAAUGUAGUGAAAAGAAGACAAGAAAGGAAAAAGUAUUCUUUUCCAUAUGAUAAUAGCAAAGUUGUCGGGCAACCUGACAAAAGAAAAAGGGGAAAAAAAGAACUUUUCAUUGUGAUCCUAAAUACAGUGGAGCAAAAAAGUAUUUAGGCAGCCACCAAUUGUGCAAGUUCUCCCACUUAAAAAGAUGAGAGAGGCCUGUAAU